UUGGGUCACUCUGUGCAUAUCAUUGGGGAGGAUUUUUGUCACAAUUAAUGGUCUGUAUUUGGCUGGUUUUGAUGGUUCUCCUGCUAGUUUCAGUAAUCAUGGAACAACCACUAUUACAUCUGGUUCAAAAGUCAUAGUUCAUUGGGUCACUCUGUGCAUAUCAUUGGGGAGGAUUUUUGUCACAAUUAAUGGUCUGUAUUUGGCUGGUUUUGAUGGUUCUCCUGCUAGUUUCAGUAAUCAUGGAACAACCACUAUUACAUCUGGUUCAAAAGUCAUAGUUCAGGGUGUGUGGAAUGUUCCAUAUAUCAAUCAUGCAUAUUUGGUUCGUGGAUCUCUUCUGAAAGAUAUUGAAAAUUAUCCUUCAUUUAUUCAUGGACUGCUUGAUCCUGAUAUGGCUUUCUGCAAAAAUUUGCGAGAUAAGGGUACUUUCAUGUAUGUUUCUAACCUUCAUGAUUUUGGGCAUCUUAUUAAUAGUGAAUCGUUUGAUACUAGCCAUGUCCACAAUGAACUCUAUGAAAUAUACACCAAUCAAGUGGAUUGGGAACAUCGAUAUAUCCACGAAAACUAUUCAAAAGUACUGGAUCCCAGUUAUGAAGUAGAUAUGCCUUGCCCUGAUGUUUAUUGGUUCCCAGUCGUUACUCCAAUAUUCUGCAAGCAUUUAAUAGAAGAAAUGGAAAAUUUUGGUCAGUGGUCUGAUGGAUCAAACAAUGAUCCUCGUCUAGCUGGAGGUUAUGAAAAUGUACCAACAAGAGAUAUUCACAUGAAUCAAGUUGGCCUUGAACAGCAGUGGCUUUAUUUUCUUCGAGAAUAUAUAAGACCUGUCCAAGAGAAAGUUUUCUUAGGGUAUACUCAUGAUGAACAUCAUGAUCAAGUGGAACUUGGCUCAAAAUGGAUUGACUUUCUGAGAGAAUAUAAUAAGCACUAUGCACAAACUGUUUUUAGUGUCAACUAUGAAGAUCCACCUAAAGCCAUGAUGAAUUUUGUAGUGAGGUAUCGCCCAGAUGAGCAACCUUCCUUGAGACCACAUCAUGAUUCAUCCACGUAUACUAUUAAUAUUGCCUUAAACCGCCCCAAAAUUGAUUAUGAGGGAGGUGGUUGCCGUUUCAUUCGCUACAACUGCAGUGUGACAGAUUUAAGAUUAGGGUGGUCUCUCAUGCAUCCUGGACGCCUUACUCACUACCAUGAAGGUCUUCCUGUUACAAAUGGAACUCGCUAUAUCAUGAUAUCAUUUGUUGAUCCAUAAUGUGCCAAAUUUCCCAAAAAAAUAAUAAUAAUGGUAGCUUAUAGACUUUUGUGAGAAUGGCAAAAGCUGCCAAUCUUCAUUUGGUCACAAGGCAAUUAAUUUUCUACAGUUGAUGAAAAUUAUAAAACUACAAUGACUUGGACAAAUUAGCUGGUACUAGCUUAAUGCUUUAUUUUAUGCUUCAACUUUUAAAUGAGUAACUCACAAAAAAUUUAAUUUUUUGUGGAAUAUUUAGUUGGGCCGAUAUGUUUGUUCCUAAAAUUAAUUGUUAAGUAAAUGUGUCAUGUGACUUUUUAAACUGAAUGUAACAAUUGUGCCUUGGCAAUAGUUGCCAGAUGCCUCUCUUUAUACUUUUUAUCUGUGUUAUUUUUCUUCUCCUCAGAGUUAAAUGUUUUAUUAACUCAUAUUAAUUUAUACCUUAAACUCACUACAAUAUGUUGGAAUUUACUAUAAUGUAAGCCAUAUAAGGUUUAAAAAUGUGAUUUAAACACAUUUAUCUAGUACUUAAAUAUGUUGUAGAUGUACCAAAAGGAAUACCAUGGAUUCCUUUGAAUAGUGUAAAGCUAUAUUUUCUUUCACAUUAUUAUUUGUUAUUCGAAGAAUUCUAUAAAAAUAUACCGUUAGAAGAUAAUGGCUGAAUAUUUGCUUUACUACCAUAUGCAUAAAAAAGCAUUUUCUUUGGUUAUGUUAUUGUGAAAUGGAUGAAUUAAUUGGUUGAAUUCAUUGAGUGCAGACUUUACAUUUGCUGUUCAUUCUUCACAAAUUUAUACACAAAUAAAUAUAUGUGUGCUCUUCAUUUUUCCUUGGCAACUAGCAUUUUACAUUUUAUUGAUGUUGCUAUUUAUAUAUUUCAGUCCUAUCUACUUACUUUUGUUUAAUUUUUGUUACGAAAUUAUACUUAUAUCAUUUGUAUAGUAAAUACUUUUAUAUUUGGUUGAGAAAAAAUCAGUGAUUGUAUAAAUUUUUAUUCAUUGAUUGUCUUCUGUUGGUUAUCUUCCUUCUACUAGAAUUAAGGUUGGUUAAAUUUUGCAUAAAAACAAAACUGAGAUUUGAGAAAGUAGCAAUAAAUAAAGCUUCAACAGAAGAAUAUAUUCAUGUUAUCAGUUACAGAAAUUUUAUCAUUUAGCUUAAAAAUGUAAUAUUAUUCAAAAAAAAUUUAACACUUGACUCUUUUUUUCUUUUAAAUGUUGGAAAAUUUAAAAAGACAAGUUGCUUAAAAUUAUGAUGGUUGUAUAUAUUUAAAAAAUUGUGUUUUUUGUGUGUUUGUUGCUGUUUUAUUAAAUUUUAGUAAAAAUAUACUUUACUAGCAAAAUUUUACAUAUUAAUUUGAGAUUCCUAUUUAAUUUAUAUAUUUGUUAUCCAAAGGAAAAUAAUUAAAAAUUCUGAAAAGAAUUUUUCUUUUGUAUUUUGUUAGAAGUGAAUUCUGCAACUGGAUUGUACUUUUCACUUGCAUUUUUGUUUUAGUGAUUUUAUUUAAUAAAUUAUUUUGCUUUAUUAUUUUAAAUUCUUCUUAUGUUUUUUAAGCAACAUUAUGUGUAAAAGAAUGAUAUGCACAGAUAUCAUUGUUUACCUUCUUCUUUGUGAAACUUUUCUACUGUAAAUUUCCAGUUUUAUAAAGAAAAUGAAUGUUUGAUAUAUCUAAGAAUGCUGCAAUAAAAAUGACUAUCUCUUUUUC